AUGCCGGUGUCGAGUCUGGCGCCGAUGCUGGACUACUCCACAGAGAUGGACCGUUACCGUUCAUCUAUCGCCAGCUUCUACAAGACCAAUGCUGGGCGCCAUGGCGACAGGGCCCUGGGGCUGCCACGACAACAUGAACAUGAACGUGAAUAUGAACCACCCAGCGGCCAUGUUCUGGGGCCGACCCAAACCCAUGGCAACCGCCCCGACGCACCACCACCACCACCACCAUCACCCUCGGCAACGCCAGGGCACAUGACCUCUUCACACCCCCACAGUACCAGCAUGCACCAGGGCGGGGGGUCGGCAGGGGCAGGAGGUGGAGGUGGAGGUGGGGGGAGCAGUGAGGGGGGAGGAGCUGAAAAACACGGACACACUGCCUCCUCACUUCCUGUCACACAGGGAACGGCACACCAUCACCCCAUGGCGCCCAGCAAUGGGAACUUCCUCCCGGGUUAUGGCGGAGGGGCAGACUGCGGCGUCAUGAACAAACAGGGGCACGCCCACCCGGACAUGAUGGGCCUAUCAGAGGGCGGAAACUGCAAUGGGGGAGGGGUUAUGGGUAGUAGCUUCCUGGGGGGGCUGGGAUUACCCCCCGGGGUCAUUGUCAUGGCGAUGGGGUCGGCAGGGGGCGGGAUCUCAGAUGCCAGCAGCGCCUUCCAGAUGACAGGUGGCCAGCGGGCGCUAACAGACUGCCAGCAGCACGCUAACUCCUCCCCCUGCCCCUCCUCCUCCUCGCCCUCGUCAUCAGGUGUGACGGCGGGGGGCGUGGCCUUGUCGUCAUCGUCGUCGUCGGGGACGGUGGCCAAGAGAAAGAGGAAGCGGUGCGGCGUGUGCGGGCCCUGCAGGCGGCUGAUCAACUGCGGCGUCUGCUCGUCCUGCCGCAACAGAAAGACGGGUCACCAGAUCUGCAAGUUCAGGAAGUGCGAAGAGCUGAAGAAGAAACCGGGGGGAGGAGGGGGGGCGCUGGAGCCCAGAUCACUGCCAGCGAGGCAUGAGCUGGAAGGCAUCGCUCACCCUGCUGAGUGUGUGUGUGUGAAUGCUGUGCAGAUGGUGGGUGGUGAAAAGCGAGAGCUCGGUCCCUGCUGA